AUGCCGCCGUCACAACUAAAACGCCUCAAGGCGUCGCUGCGAGACCAGGGCGUCACCGGUCCUCAGAAGUCGAAGAAGCAAAAGCAACAGGACAGACAGGGCAACAACGACAGCAGAGUCCAGCGCAAUGCCGCCCUUCAGCAAAUUCGCGACAGCUUCAACCCUUUCGAGAUCAAGGCCAACAACCGUCCUGCAAAAUUUCAGUCCUUGACUGCCCAUCCCAAGAAAGAUGCUGUCCUCAGACCCGGUGUCACCAGAAGCAUGGGCGAGGAAGCUCGUCGUGCUACCCUGUUGCCCGAGAUCCAGCGCCGCAACAAGACUGGCGGAAUCAUCGACAGACGUAUCGGCGAGAACGACCCGACCAUGACACCCGAAGAGCGCGCUCUGCAACGUUUCGCCCAGGAGAAGAUGCGCAAGAAGGGUGGCGCUUCUCUUUUCGAUCUGGAAGCCGACGACGAUUUCGAGGAGGCUGCUCUCACCNNUCACGGCGGAAAGGCUCUGGACCUCGACAGAGACGACUUCGACAUGGAGGGGCUCGAGGGCUCUGAUGACGAGUCAGACCGUGGUUUGAAACGCCGAAGAUCUUCUGCGGGCGACGAGGACGAUGACCAAGAAGCCAUGUCGGACGACGAAGGGCAGGACCCUGACAAACCGGCACGCAAGAAGUCAAAAGCAGAGGUCAUGAAGGAGGUCAUCGCAAAGUCCAAGUUGCACAAAUACGAGAGACAAAAGAACAAGGAAGACGACGACGAUUUGCGUGAAGAGCUGGACCAGGGCUUGCAGGAGAUGCUGUCCUUGCUCAGAGGUGUCAAGCCCCCUCCGAAGGCUGAGAAGACUCCUGUGGAUGCCGGCAUGAACCCUGAGCGUUUGGCCAUGCUCCAAAGCAAAUCGCGCGAGGAGACUGAGAGAGAAUACGACGUCAGACUCAGACAGAUGGCCAUGGACAAGAGAGCCGCUCCCACCACACGCACAAAGACAGAAGAGGAGCAGGCUAUCGAAGAAGCCUACCGUCUGAAGGAGCUGGAACAAUCACGCCUUCGCCGUAUGCAAGGCGAGGAGUCUGAAGAGGAGCCCGAGGUCGAGGAUAAGAAGUCGAAGAAGAAGGCUGGUGUCGAAGUUGCCGCUGAAGACGAGGAAGACAUGGGAGAUGAUGCUGCCGAAUUUGGCCUACCGACUCAGCAAUACGACGACAAGAAAGACGCAGUUGUGCACGACGACGAGGACGAGUUCUUGAUGGAGGACGAUCUGAUCGCUAGUGGUUCUGACAUCGACGUCAGCGACGAGGAAAGCGAGGACGAAGACGAUUCGGAUGUCGAGGAAGGAGCUGCCGCUGCCGAUGAGGAGGAUGAAGAAGACGAAUUUGUUCGCGGAAUCCUGGGUGACAAGGACGAGAAGAGCGAGAAGAAGGCAACUGCGCCGGCCGCUCCUUCUGGAAUUGCCUACACUUACGAGUGCCCUCGUUCUCACGAGGAGUUGCUGGCCAUCUUCGGGAAAAUGGCUGUCGAGGACAUCCCAGUCGCCGUUCAACGUAUCCGUGCCCUUUACCACCCUUCGCUCACAGCCGACAAUAAGCAAAAGCUCGCAGACUUCUCUGUUGCUCUCGUUGAUCACAUCUCAUACAUGGCCAACGAGAAGCAAUCCUUUGCGGUCAUCGAAACCCUCAUCCGCCACUUGCACUCUUUGUCGAGGACAUACCCGGGUACCAUUGGCAAGGCGUUCCGUACACACAUGUCUGCUAUGCACGAGAGUGGUAUCUUUACUGCUGGUGAUUUGGUCAUCUUGACUGCUGUCAGCUCCAUCUACCCAACAUCUGACCACUUCCACCAAGUAGUCACGCCAGCAAUCACCCUCAUGGGACGCUGGUUGGAGAUGACCGCUCCCACGACUUCUAACUUGGCCACCGGUGCAUUCAUUGUUGCUCUAUGCAUCAAGUACCAAUCACUAUCCAAGCGUUACAUCCCCGAGGCUGUACGCUACACCGUCAAGGCUCUGCAACUCCGUCCUCAACCCAGCGAGAAGGACUUGCAAUCUCACGUCAACAACAUCCUCGCCAUGGCUGAGCUCUGGAGCGCCAAGUCAGCAUUUGGUCAAAUCUUCUCCCCAGCCGCUCUCUCCUCCCUUCAAGCUCUCAAGGGACAAAAGAAAUCGUCUCAACACCUCUCUAUCAUGCUCUCACAGGCCCGCCUCCGCCGUCGCCCUCUCGAACUCCACCAUCAUCGCCCCCUGCCCGUCCGUACCUCGAUUCCCAAGUUCGAGGAGAACUUCAACCCAGACAAGCAUUACGACCCAGACCGCGAACGCGCCGAUGCCGCAAAGCUCAAGAAGGAGUACAAGCGCGAGCGCAAGGGAGCCGUGCGCGAGCUGCGCAAGGAUGCAAACUUCAUUGCGCGCGAACAGCUGCGCGACAAGAAGGAGAGAGAUGCAGAGUACGAGAAGAAGUACAAGAGACUCGUUGCCGAGAUCCAGGGAGAGGAGGGUCACGAGGCCAAGGAGUACGAGCGAGAGAAGAGGAUGCGCAAGAGCAAAAGAUAG